UAUUUAAUCACCAAAUAAUAAUUGGCAUCUUGUCAUUGUUGUUUUGGUCUCUGCAUUAAUGGAUCAAAGGUCAUUAGUAGCUGCUGCUAAAUCGGGAAACAUCGAUCUACUAUACGAACUAAUUCAUGAAGAUCCAUAUGUUCUUGAUAAAAUCAACGACGUGCCAUUCGUUAAUACGCCUCUCCACGUGGCAGCCGUAACCGGAAAAACAGAGUUUGCCAUGGAAAUUAUGAACUUGAAACCUUCUUUUGCUCGGAAACUUAACGCUGAAGGACUUACGCCGUUACACCUCGCCGUCGAUCACGGUCACCCCUGGUUAGUUCUUGAACUAGUUAAGGUUGAUCCAAGUCUUGUUCGCGUUAAAGGGAGACAUGGUAUGACGCCGUUGCUAGUUGCAGUAAGCAAAAAGAAGAUUGAUCUGAUAUCAGAGUUCUUCUUGGUUUGCCCCAAAAGCAUCGUGGACGCAAACGUGAACGGAGAGAAUGCUCUUCACAUCGCCGUGAAUAACUACGACCAAAGAGAAGGACAAAUCGUUCUUAAAGUUCUCAUGGGAUGGAUCCUAAGAUUGUGUCAUAAAGAUGCAGAGUGGAUCGAGACAAGAGUCAUAAACCGAAGAGACAAAGACGGUAACACACCUUUACAUCUCGCGGCGUACGAAAACAAUGUUCAAGCUAUGAAACUGAUGUUAGAGAGUUCCAAAAUUAACGUCAACAUUGAGAACAAGAACGGUUUCACUGUUCUCGACGUCGCUGCAUUACACGAUAACAGAGAGAUAGAGAGAAUGGUUAAGAGACAUGGUGGAAAACGUUCUGUUUCUCUGGUUAAGAUUAAGACAACAUCGGACCUACUCGCGUCCAAGCUUUCUUGGAGAGAAUCAAGACGGACAAAGAAUAUUCGGUUUUAUUCUUGGAUCUCUGAAGAGAGAAGAAACGCUCUUUUAGUGGUCGCAGCUCUCAUAGUCACAGCUACUUAUCAGACCGGUCUCCAGCCUCCCGGAGGCGUGUCUGAUGGCGGUGGUACAAGCGGGUUCAGUGUUGGCGGUCAAAACAGUACAAACACAAGCAGUCCGAGAGCGGGCUCAGUGAUUAUGAACGAGGGCUCUUUUAUCUGGUUAUGGUGUUGGAACAGUUUGGGUUUCUCCUUUGCCAUUUAUAUGAUGAUACGCUUGUUGAAUUUAGGUCAAGAGAGUACGUUUUGGUAUUACCCUCUGUUCGUUCCUCUGCUCUUCGCUUACUCUGAAGCAGGGAUUGUGAUCACGCCGAACGAUAGAGCGCUCAUGAUCGCAGGUGUGGGUCUGUUCGUGCUUCUGAUCAUUUGGGAAUUGGUGGUUUGGUUUUGGGAAUGGGUGCAGUCUAAGAGAACCAAGGUGCGUGGACCCAAGAGCGGAUUGGUUUGGGAAGGUUUCACUACGUUGGAUCAGGCUAAAGGUGUUGCGCCUAAUAGGCUGGUGAUUAGGUGAUCUUGAUUUCCUCUUAUUAUUUUAUUGUUGCUUUUGUAUUUUUAUUCUAGAAUGUAUAAAUUGCGACAUGUAUGAUGUUUUAUUAUUUGCAUAAAAAGACUACAGAAAUUGACAAGAGUA